AUGAAAGAUCUGUACAAUGCACUGACAGAACGUGCAGAUAAAAGCGGCGAGAUACCGAUACUGCCUCCCCAAUCUGCACAACCUACUGAUCCCCAACAAUAUGUCCUGGUGGAACUCUUAACUGGUCCUUUUCUUGCUGUCACACAAGCUUUGAAUGCAAGUACCACGUAUAUCUCGGGUUAUCGACCGGGUGUUGAAAGUCGAUCCUAUAUCUUUAGCCAUGUCACCGGCGAUGUACGUGAUGCUUUGUUCCUAAACACGAAAAGAGUGUCUCUUCCGUUCAGAGGAAGAUAUGAGGCACUUGAACGUGUUGCGGGAGUAGGGGAUAGAAAAGAAAUCCUUCUGGGAAUUGGUCAACUAGGCCAAUAUAGUUCUGACUUGGGUUAUAUGAACCCUUUUACUAAUAGUAACCUUGUUGCUAAAGCCCUUAUCGGUUGCCUGCAGAUGGUUACCGAAGCUGUACGAUUGAGGAACAUACAGCAACAAAUCCUUGCACUUGCAGAUCCUCGUGCAGAUGGAAGUUAUGGAGUGUUUCAUCCAGAUGAUUUAAUGGUGGAGUAUGAAAAUAAAUGGGAGGAAAUCUCCAAAGCCAUUCAAUCUGCAAUACAUGGAAUAUUACAGCAGUUCGCUUAG